UGCACUUCCGCUGUUCACCGGAUGUUGCUGAGGAAUAUUGUGUCGCCUGUUAAUCACAGAACUGAACCCAGAAAAAUGUGUGCCGACCGGUGUUUGACGGUGCUGGUGGAAGCGUUCAGAGGAAAAUAGUUGACCUCGCAUUUUUUUAAUCCUCUGUUAAUAGGAAGGGAAGUCGUAGCCUGAGUGUUCCUGUUGUGCCUUAUCAAAUUGUGGAUCAUGACGGAGCGACGGAGAGCCUUAACUCUUCCAUUUAAUGUUGACAAGGAUAACCCGAUGGAAAACCCUCUCAGAAUCCCCAUGACAUGUCUUUCAUCAGACUGUGGCAAGUUAGACAGACAGCAGGUUCCCUGGACUGCUAUUGCAGGUUGCAAAAUCAGACACUGUGAUUCACAACAUAAAAAUGCUUCCAUGCUGUUUGAGCACAACCAUGCAGCCAUGGUCAAAUGUGGAAUGGCCAGGAGGAAGCCCCACUUGAUCCUGACAGAUGUCCUAAAGACAAAGCUGGGUAAAGCUUACAUAGAAAGGAUAAAACAAAAUCACUCCUUAGGAAAGAAAGGACAAAGUUCGCAAAAGGAGAGUGGUGGGUGCAGAGAGGAAUCCCCGAUCCGCAGAGGCACGAGGUCUGCUCAGAGGGAAACUAGGAAUGAUAAGAACAAGAGCAUGACAACAAAAUGCAACCAGAAGACCACCUCCUCAUCCGCCCAAAGGUCAAGACUCAGAAGAAGGUCACAUAAUACUGACGGUGACGAGGACAAAGAAGAAAGCAAAGAUAUAGACGAGGGGAUGAUCGACAAGGACAACGGAGAAGACUACAAAUUUGCUGAAGUUGUAGAUUGUGGGUUGUCAGUGAGCUGGGAGCCUGCUGAGGAUACGGGAAGCUGUGAUGAGUUUUCCCCAGCUAGCAUCAAGGACAGGUGGACUGAUCCAGGAAAUGAAGUACAACAAAGUUUGAAGAGGAAAAGAAGGGAUGCAGGGGCCCAUUGCAAUGGAACAGGCAGUCCCAAACGCCACCGUGAAAGUGUGCUUCGCCUCACUGGGGAAGACGGAAGAGACGGAGGACCAGCCCAGACACGUAUUUGUUUUGAAGAAAGUGGAGAAGACUUGGAUUUGGAAAGCCUGGACCGUAGCAUUGUACAGUUCACGGUGGGAGCAGAUGAGAGAACAGAUGUUCUGCUCCCAAUCAUCAAUCCUAAUUUGGAGGCUGGGGACUUUAUUGGAACCCCCAGACGCCGUCUAUCGUCCAGCCAGGACGACACAACCAAGAUCAGCCCCUCUGAACCUAUUGUGCUGUCCAGUGAUGAUGAGGAAAGCAGUGGCGAUCCUGAACCCAGCAGAUCAGCAGUCCAUACACCGGUCACUGUGGAAGGCACAGUAAUACGGGGAAAAUCCUCACAGGACGCUGUGGCCAAACAGCAAGAAGCUCCUGACAUACAGGAUAUGCAGAUGCUGCAUGUCGUUGUAAAAGAGCUUCCUGGUUCUGUGCCGGUUACUCCCAUACCCACUGUAGACCACUCUUGCAUGGGUGUGGCCUUCUCCAGACUGCACUGUGGAGGUUACCAAGGGAAGGCGAAUGGAGACAUCAUGAUAACAGACCAAAAAAUCAUCAUCCCAUUGAAAGACACUAAUGAAAAGGUGGAGGUGAUGUUAAGCUUGGAACGUGAAGAGCUGAGGAGGUACAGUGUUUGGGAGCAGGAGGAACUGGAGGAUCAGGAUAUUCACUGUAUGGACAACGAAGAGCCGCCUCCUGCUGCUGUCCUUUUGUUUUGUGUGUCAGAAACUGCUGCAGCUGCUAUACAGUGGGACCUCCGUAAGCUCAAACAGGAUGGAACCACAAACCCUGGCAAAGCCAGCCCCUUCAUCCUGCUGACUCUGAGAGAUCCUCUGAAGGGAAUGGAGGGGGCUUUAUUGCGCUCCUUCUUGGACAUUGACUGUCUCAAAAGUCUGGGACAUGACAAAAGCUUUGUAGAUGGAGUCGAUGAUUUGGAGGACAUCCACUGUCCUGUUCUUUCUCUGGACGAUAGCUUGGAGCUGAUUAGAAGAACUGGACUAGACCCCCACUUGCUGUCCCUGCUGGGUCUGGAGAGCCCUGACCCUGACCCUGACCCUGGACCCGACAUAGACCAGGACAGUCCAUAUUCUGACAGAGACAGCAACGCCUCACCACAAAUUCAGCUGGAGGAUGAUUCACAGGAAGAGACAGCACUAGAGCUGGAGACACCACCAGAGCAGGACACAGAGAUGCAACUCAAACCAGAUGAGGAUCAGAUAGAACAAGAGCUCGAACAUCCCUCUGAGAAGAGCAGAGAAGAACCCAUUCCUGCAUACACACUGUGCCAUCGUAGAACCAGAGGAUCGUACUCCGUGUCCCUGUGUAAUGCAGACUCCAGCUGGACUAAAUAUAAACAUGAGGGUCUGGCUCGUAGGUUGAUCCAGUUUCCUCCUCCACCACUAAAAGGAGGAAUCACUGUUACAAUGGAGGACCUGCAGUGCCUUGACAGUGGGCAGUUCCUCAAUGAUGUUAUCAUAGAUUUUUACCUCAAGUACCUCCUCCAGAAUGCCUCUGAUUCUGUGGCCGAGCGUUCCCACAUCUUCAGCAGCUUCUUCUACAAGCAACUAACACGAAGGGACAACGCCAGCGAAGGUGUCACCAGUGACUCUCAGAGGCAGAGGCGGCAUCAACGGGUAAAGACGUGGACACGCCAUGUGGACAUCUUCAAAAAGGACUUCCUUUUCGUGCCUGUCAAUCAGGAGGCUCAUUGGUAUUUAGUCGUCAUUUGCUUUCCUGGACUGGAUGAGCCAAAAGUUGAGCCUUGGACUGGUAAAGACUCGAUGGGAAACGGUCACAACGGGACAGACGAGUUACAGGAUCAAGAGGAGGCUCAAGGAUCAAAAAGCUCAGAUGAUAAUACAGAGACUCCACCUACAUCGAACCAUAGUGACAGCUUGGACACAGAGACAGAAAAUGCUCAAGAAGAUUCCAUCAAAGAAAGUCCACCUGGUCCAGUGAACUGCACAGAGCAGACUUGCCAGAGGGAAAGUGUUUGCAAGAGCCCGUGUAUUCUAAUCAUGGAUUCCCUCAGACUUUCUCUUCAUGAACGAGUCUUCAAACUCUUAAGGGAGUACUUACAGUCAGAGUGGGAGGUCCGUCGUGGAUCAUCAAGGGAAUUUGGUCCUGAUCAGAUGAAAAGCUCACAUUGCCAAGUUCCCCUUCAGGACAAUAGCAGUGACUGUGGUCUCUACCUGCUGCAAUACGUCGAGAGUUUUUUAAAGGACCCUGUGGUGCAUUUUGACCUCCCUCUACACCUAGAGCAUUGGUUUCCACGGCAGCAAGUGCGGAGGAAACGAGAUGAAAUCAGAGAUCUGGUACUUAACCUUUACCGACAUCAGAACCUGGACAAUAACAGAUAGAAACACCUCUGCUGUUCACUGCAUCACAUUCCUGUAGCCAUUAUAAAUCACCACUCAUACUGAGUGAUGGACAUUUCAACAUGAACUGAAAAUAUUUCUGUUUUUGUUUCAUGCAUUGAACAAAACAUGUAAACCUUUGACUAUUUGUGGGUCCUGUGAGUGAAUAUGAAGGCAUCAGUUAAUUCAAACUCAACAAGUAGCUGUCCAUCCAAUCAGAGAGAGUUUUAAAGUAGAUUAUAUGUAAACAUGCAAAUGUUUGUACACCCCAUGACUUUUUACUGAUUGUUCCUCUGCGACAAGUUAUUUUAUAAAAGGAAGUAUUUGUAUUUAAUUUUCUACAUAGAACCAAGGGAAAGUGUGUGAAAGUUUAACAAUUGUGAAACAUAGUUUGUACAGUGAAACUGUAAACACAUUGAUUGUUUUAGGGAAGUUUAUUUGCUUUGCUGACAUUUCAUGUCUUGUGUGACUUAACAUUUCAGUCUAAUCAAAAUAGCUCUGAUUCUGACUUCUUUACUGGCUGAGAUUUACAUUAGAUGGUAAUUCCAAGGAGAUAGAUUUAGUGUGAAAUGCUUGGAAAUUUCCUUGCUUUAAUCAUUUCCUUUCAAAUGUUUUGCCAUUGAAGCCUCAGGAACUGGAAUUUGUCCCAAUGUGAAACAGCCAUUCCAUCAUUUGCCCCUUGUUGGAUGCAUGGAACAAGAAAAUAAGUUUUCAGUCACUCAGUGCCUCAUUCAGUUAUCCUGUUAGCCUCCCACAAUGAUUAACUAGGGUCAUUCACUCACCUCCUCUUUGCAACAAAACUGAACUGUUGAUGGUACCAUGUAUCUGUGACACUGUGUGUCUCUUUGUAUUGCAAACCAUUGUAGACCCUAAAACAUGUUGGAAUACAGAGAUGAUACUUGAUAUCAGCUUUACCUGCACAAAUAAGCUAAGAUAGACCAAAUCUAAAUAUUAAUUAAUCAAUGCAUCCGACUUCACAUUGUAAGUUUGUAUACAUAAUAUUUCUAGUCAGUGUUUGGAAACCUCCUUGACACUGUGCAGGCAUUAAGGGUCUUUAUUUGACCAAAUUUGUCAUUGCUGAUCUGUGUAAAUUGAAAAACCUCCUGCGGUCCAGAUCUAAGAAAUGGUGUGUUUCAUGUCGUACUUGAAGUACUUUCUUUUUCCGCCAUCAGUUUCGAUUACUUGCGUCCAUCCUAUAAGAAAUCUCAAUCAUUAAUUAAAUCUUUUAAUGAGAAUACAACUUGUUGAAGGUUCAGGGGUGCACAUUCAUUGGUGUGUGUAACAGUAUAGUCUCUAAGGUAAAAUAGUCCAAUAAAGGACAUUGCAGUGCAUCACUACUGUUGCCUAAAUUCUUCUCAGCAGAGAUCAGUCUUGAAAGUCUUCUAGUUUUCUCCCUUUUUGUUCAGAUGUUAGUUUUAACACUUUAUGACAUCCUCGAUGCCAUGUUUUUUUUUAGAUAUUUUAUCUAAAAUGUAUGAAUGUACAGGAGUUGAUUCCGAAAUAUCUUUUGUUUCAAUAGAACAUUAAAACUUAUAGAUGAAAUUACA